AUGGUUGCCGACACUACCUAUUAUGAUGCGUUGGGGGUCCCGCCGACGGCUACCGAGCUGGAGAUCAAAAAGGCCUACCGCAAGCUCGCCAUCGUCACCCACCCUGACAAGAACCCUGGCGACGAGACCGCGCAUGAACGGUUCCAGGCGAUCGGUGAAGCCUACCAAGUUCUGAGCAGUGAAGAGCUACGAAAGCGAUAUGAUAAAUUUGGCAAGGAGGACGCAGUGCCGGGUGGUGGUUUUGAGGAUCCCUCGGAGUUCUUCAGUAUGAUCUUCGGUGGCGAAGCCUUCGUCGACCUCAUCGGAGAGAUCUCUCUCAUGAAAGACUUGACCGCGACGAUGGAUAUUACGAUGCAAGAGAUGGAGGAGGAAGAGCUGGCCGAGUCUGCAGAACAGAAGCUGAACAUUCACGACGAGGAGGUGAAGGCUGCCGGGGAGGGAACCUCUGCCGCCCCUGAAAGCUCUUCUCCCGCAGAUGCUAAGGUUGCUGAGGCCGCCGCUGAGGCCUCGCGCCACUCAGAGGCUGCCCCUCCCCCCGCCUAUGGAGAGGCGACCGCGCAGAGCUCUGGCACCAGUACCCCCCGACGCUAUAUGGGCCAGCAGGCGUUGAUGGACAAGUCGGAGGAGGAGGCGCGGAUGGAGGCAGCUGGCCUGUCGCAAGAAGAAAAGGAGCUGCGCAAGAAGGAGAAGAAGAAGGGCCUGUCCAAGGAGCAGCAGGAGCGUCUCGCCGCAUUUGAGGAGGAGCGGAGAAAGGCUCGCGAGGAACGUGUCAAAACCCUGGCCGACAAGCUGAUCGACCGCCUCAGCGUGUGGACAGAGACUGACAAGGGCAAGGAUGUGACAUUUGCCUUCGAAGAAAAGAUUCGUCUGGAAGUCGAGAACCUGAAAAUGGAGUCCUUCGGCCUAGAGAUCCUGCACGCUGUUGGCGCUACCUACGUGCAGAAGGGUACCUCGUUCCUUAAGUCCCAGAAGUUCCUCGGUAUCUCCGGCUUCUUCUCCCGGCUCAAGGAUAAGGGUACUCUGGCCAAGGAGACUUGGACUACCAUUUCUACCGCUAUUGAUGCUCAGAUGACCAUGGAAGAGAUGGCCAAGCUGGAGGAGCGUGGUGGCGAGGACUGGACGGAUGAGAAGAAGGCCGAGUACGAGAAGAAGGUCACUGGUAAGAUCCUCGCUGCGGCGUGGCGCGGCAGCAAGUUUGAGAUCCAGAGCGUCCUGCGCGAGGUUUGCGACCAGAUUCUGGGCGACAAGCGGAUCCGCUUGGAGAAGCGGGUGGAGCGUGCUCAUGCUCUGGUGCUCGCGGGCAACAUCUAUGCUAAGGCUGAGCGUGACCCCGAGGAGGAGGGCGACUACAUGGCAUUUGAGCAGCUGAUGGCCGAGGCGAUGCAGAAGAAGGGCAAGGACGAGAAGAAAAAGAAGAAGUCCAAGCACGGCCACGAUUCCCCGGACGCAUCGCAUACCGCGGAGAAGCCCACUGCUUAG